UGAGGACACAGUUGUAGAUACCACACUUGGUGCCGUCUGAGCUCAGCAGCUCAGCAACCUCAAAAUCCCCUGCGGCGUCGACGUCCUUUUUCCCUCCAUAGUACAGUCCGACACCGACAACUUCACUCGGCCGGCGAUCGCGUCCUCGAGACCAGCCUGCUGAGUUUUGCGCAUUUCUUCCUUGAGCUUCGUUUCUGUUUGCUGUCGAGGGAUCACACGGCAAGCCUUCUCUCUCCCUUCGGCAACCCCUCGGGUCUCGCUUUCCACCGAGUCUUCUUCUCCUCCUUGAAUCGCCAUUCCAACCCAAUUCGCCAGCCGGACUGCCAUCUUUCGAUUAUAUUGUCAUCGAUUCUCCCGAUUCCGUAUAGCCAGCCGCAGCAAUGGCGCAGAUGCGAGGACCGGGCAGCUACGGCAUCGGCGCCCCCAACCCAUUUGGAGGCCCGGUCGAGGACAGGACAGAGCAGAGUCCUCUGGACGCCAUCCGGCAGCAGACGAGCAAGAUCGAGGAUCUGCUGGACACCUUGAGCGAGCCGAUCAAGCCCUACCUGCCCGCCAUCGGCCGCUUCCUCAUCGUUGUGACCUUUAUCGAGGACGCGCUCAGAAUAAUAACGCAAUGGAGUGAUCAGCUUCUUUACCUGCAUGACUAUCGCCACAUCCCGUCCGGCCUGACGCACCUCUUCCUGAUCGCAAACGUGAUCGCCAUGACGACGUGCUCGACGCUGGUCAUCAUCCGCAAGCACUCCGAGUACGCGGUCGGCGGGCUGAUCGGGGUGGUGGUGACACAAGCGCUCGGGUACGGGCUCAUCUUCGACCUCAACUUCUUCCUGCGCAACCUGUCCGUCAUGGGCGGCCUGUUGAUGGUGCUCUCGGACUCGUGGGUGCGCAAGACCAAGGCGUUCGCCGGCCUGCCCCAGAUCGAGGAGAAGGACCGCAAGAUGUACUUCCAGCUGGCCGGCCGCGUGCUGCUCAUCUUCCUCUUCAUCGGCUUCGUCUUCAGCGGCGAGUGGUCCCUCUGGCGCAUCCUGGUCUCGUUGAUGGGCUUUGUCGCCUGCGUCAUGGUGGUCGUCGGCUUCAAGGCCAAAUUCAGCGCCACGCUGCUGGUCGUCAUCCUGAGCGUCUUCAAUGUGCUCGUCAACAACUUCUGGACUCUCCACGAGCACCACCCCCACAAGGACUUUGCCAAGUACGACUUCUUUCAGAUCCUCUCGAUUGUGGGCGGCCUGCUCCUGCUGGUCAACAGCGGCCCGGGUCAAUUCAGCAUCGACGAGAAAAAGAAGGUCUACUAAAGGAUCGUUCAUCGUCUGACAUGGGGUCGCAAAUUUUCCGCGGAACGGGGUUACGAAACAGGACCAAACGAAAAAGAAAAAAGCUAGCGAAAUCCACGAAUAGGUCCUUGGCUGAGCAGGGAAAACAGGUUGCGGGACGGAGAUUGGGAGUUGUUUGGGGGUUGAUAG